UCAGCGUUUAAUCUGCUGUGCCGCACGCCGGACAGGACUGGGGUACAGGCUGAAGCAGUGGUCAGAGGCACACUGCUGGGGAAGCUCUUGAGCUCUGGUAAUGAUGAGCAUGCGAGGACGCUGCUGGAUUCCGUCCUUCAUGACAGCGCGGGAAACCCGGAGGGCCUUUAUGACGUCAUCGCAGCUGCGUUCCUUUCCCCCGAUGACGAAACGAGCUCCGUCACUCAGCGCUGUGUCCUCGCCUGGCUGCAGGAGCACGAGGGAUGUUUGGGUGAAGUGUGCAGGUCUCUGUCCCCCGGGCUUUGCGCUGUCCUCUCCCGACACUCUUGCGAGUUUAAGCAGGCAUACUGCGGGGUUUUGAAACGCUGGGCGUCCUGCUUGGAGUAUGACGUCUUGGAGAGUCUAUGGGUGCCGACAUCAGAUGAGCCGGUCACCUUUAGUGCACUGACUGAUCGAUUCAAAGAGGUAUUAAAUUCAGGACCAGCAUUAAAAGAGGAGACAGAAACUGAACUCAAAACACUCAAACGGGAAGCUGGAGACUUUAAUGUAACAGACAUUAGUAUAUGGACUGAUCUAAUCAUUCAGCUAAAGCUGUAA